AUGAGUAUGAACACACAUCUCAAGUCGGUGAAGAUGACAAUCAAAGACAAGGCUACAGUCACUCUGGACUCACUGAGCUUACGAGGCAACAACAUCCGCUACUACAUCCUCCCAGAGAACAUUCCACUCGACACACUGCUAGUGGAUGAUAGCCCCAAGGCCAAGGCAAAGAAGAGAGAGGCACCUGCAAUCGGCGAGACGCUGGACGCUGUGGAUGCGCUGGAGGAACUGGUGGAAGCACAAAACGAAUCAUACAUGCUUGGCCUGAAGUUACGUUUGCCAAAAUACGUUGUCCAGGCCAUACACGACAAAAUUCACCUUGAACCAAAGGGAAAUAUUAAGCAGUCUCUCACUGAUGGCUUGAGGCUGCUUUGUGACAAAAAGGAACAACUCAUUACAAGACUUGAUGCUAGAUUUGGAAAGGUUACUUGGAGUAAAUUCCCUGAAGAGGUCUACAGACGAAGAAUGAGUAUUCAAGAGCUGGGAGAUCUACUUUUCGAAGAGCAGAGCAAACACAUAAACAUAUUCAACACAGACAUCCAGGCUUUAGGUGCUGAGGCUAUCCGUAAAAAAUUUAGACGCUCUCCUAGCUACCCUCUGGAGACUUUUGAUGUGAAGUUGACAAGUAUCGGGAGUGUGGGAGGAGGAGAAGGAGAAACAAGACUCGACAUUCGUCUGCUCGUGAGGAAAAGCGAUGAUGGAAGAACAGGUGUAGAGGUGGCUCUGGUGAAAAAGAAUGAGAUCAAAGAUGUCACUUUUGACAUCCUUAACAUACAUCGAAAACAUGAUGUGCGUAUUGGCCUUCACCACUACAAGUGUGUGGAGGAGGGAGAGCCUAUUUUUGGUAUUGUUAGGGAGAUGGUUGGCCGAAUGGCCUUUCCAUCUCGUCACAGAGUCCGCUUCCAGCCGAGAUCUUCGCGGUGGAGUGUCCAUCUCAUCCGCCACAAACAGAAGACGACAUACAUAAUGGACGGCGGAGGUUUUGCUGUCACUGUAGCCACUGUUUCUGAGCACUCCUUUGACGCAAAGAAUGACGAAGCUGUUGAGUUUGACAUGCGAAUGGAAGCAAAGAAAACACACGCCGAAGUAGAGCUGCACAACUUGGCCUGGGAGUGUGCCUUUGGUCGAGAUGCAGGAUUCUCUGCUGACAAGUCCCUUGCUCUGCAUAUGGAGCGAGGCUCGGCUGACACGAGGCAGUUUGACACCAUUCCUUACCCCUGGCAGACUGCCAGCAUCCUCAGGGAUUUUGAUGCCUUCUGGAGCCACCUGGAAACCCUUACCGGCAGACUAGAUGGACCACAGUAG